AUAUUCUUUUCCACGGAACCAAACAGCCCAACAGUGUAUGUUAGAAUUUAGUCCUUCUUCCCUUCCAAAAUCCAAUCCCACCCGCAACCCAACCAUCCAAAUCCAAAUUCAAUCAUAACACUAAUUAAACCACUUUUAUUAUUAAAACAAAAACACAACCCAACAAAACAAAAAUAAAAAAACACCAUUAAUCAAUCUCAUGUUGUUGCAUUUCAGCAACAACAUCAGCAGAAGCAGAAGCAGAAGAAAACCCACCCCAAUAAUUCUUCUCUUCGAAAAAACCCUCAAUCCUUCUCAGGCCUUCUUCGUCGGCGAUCGCAUAACAAACUUCAAGGCUUUCGGAGCUUGCUUUCUGUUCUGGGGAUGGAGGUCGAGGUCUCCGGUUCGAAUCCCUCGGCCGAUGCGAAAUUGAGGAGAGCGGAUUCGCAGAAGGAUAAGCUCCGCGUGAAGCGGAAAACUCUGCAGGCUGUUCUCGAGCAGUGCCAGAGAGCCCUCGAGUCGCUCGAUACCACUGGGGGUGCUGACGGCGACAGCGAUGGAGAUGAUAACGGUGAGGAUGAAGACGAUGAUGAUGAUAACAGUUCUCGUGGUGCUGUCGAUGACGAUGAGCGCCAGCAAGGCCGCAGAUCGACGAGUUCGCGUCCUGACUGCGAAGCCGACGAGUUAUGCAAUCUUCUAAAAUCUAGAGUUGAAUGUCCCGACUUCCUUGAAAAGCUAGAAUGCGCGCAAGCAUCAUCAGUUUCCCAAAAUAUGGCUGAAGAAGGUAGUUCUUGGGAUUUGGUUAAUGAGAAUGAUCUAUGGGAAGAUGAGGAUAGCGACUUGGGUGAAGAAGACUAUGUUCUUGUUAGGCAAGAAGAUAUAGUAGAGGGUAUUGCAUGCUUUAUGGCUGCAUACCUGUUAUCCCUUAAACAGACUAAGGAAUUGACCCCUAAUCAACUUCAGGAUGCCCUUAGCAAAACAUUCUCAGUGAGAAAGAAGAAGGGAAAACUUCGAAAGGCUUGGGAUGGAAGCAAAGUCAUUUAUAAUGUAGCAUCAUGGGGGGCAACCGCCAUCGGGAUAUACCAAAACCCUGUAAUAAUAAGGGCCGCCACGAAAGCCUUCUGGACAUCUUGUCAAGUUAUAUCAAAGCUUCUCUAAUUUGUGUGUGCUGCUGGGGAUAGGGUUAUUAGUGCUCAGACUUUGCUUGUUGUAUUUGGUGCUUUGAACUGCUGACUCUGCUUCGUCCGUGUUCCCAAAAUUCUGUAACAUUACUGCAAUUCUUUUCCUGCUACAGAUGGCUUGAUUCCUUGAUCAAAUUUAAUCUUGUAAAUAUUUUCUUCUGGUUGGAGAGUGCAAUUCAAAUUUAUGUAACAUAGCAUCGAAAUGCUUUCGUUC